GCGCAACAAUGUGCUUUCGGAUAGACCAGCCAUGUUUUUGAGUUGUUUUUGAGCGGCUAUUCUUCGCUUUCAAUUCGAAAAUGAAACAUUCAGAUCACUGAAGUUUUAUAUCAUGGACAAACAUAACGAUUAUCCUCUUUACUCCGACGAAGGAUAAACGUCCGAAACGUCUGUAAGUAGACUGAUUCCAACAGUCUGUCAGGUCGCUUUUUUUUUUUUUUUUUUUUUGCUCCCGGACACAGUCGCUAGUGAGCGACAAACCGAAAAAUCCAGGAGCGAAUACUACGACUUAUGGAAUCAUUAUAGUCUMUUGGUGAUCAGAUGUAAAACCGUUAAUGCUCAUGCUGAUAUCGAAGUCGUGAGUUUGACAGUGCUGUUCCACUAAAGUUCGUUAUGUACAUAAACAGUGAGACGAAAAGAUGAUGAAUGCACARGAGAACGGGGCUCCACACAGCUACGCCGUGCUUGCAGGUGAAGGAGAAUCAUUAAUUCUAGACAAUCCAAUUCAAGUUACGAGUGGAGCCCUACAAAUGGAUUGCAAAGCUUCUUGGUUGGCCUGUGUAUGUGCUUCGUUGGCAAGUUUUGUUUGUGUGGGAACAUGCUACAUAUAUGGUAUCUUUUUCCCCGCAAUUUUCACAGAAUUUCAAGCUGGAAAAGCGAAAACAGCUCUUCCUGGAUCGUUUUCAGUUGGAUUCCUCACUAUUCUAUGUCCAGUAGCAGCGAUUUUUAUUAACCGUUUUGGUUGUCGUGUCGUCAUUCCAUGCGGUGGAUUUAUUUCCGCGCUAGGACUUCUGGGAUCGUCGUUUGCYCCCAAUAUCUAUGUUCUCUCCUUCACAUAUGGUUUCCUGGUCGCUUGGGGUUCCUGUCUAAUUUACAUGGCAGGAUUUCUAAUGGUUCCAUUGUAUUUUGAUAAACAUCGUUCAGCUGCUACUGGUAUGGUGUCGGCAGGGCCUGGGGCUGGUGUUCUUAUUAUGGGUCCUUUAGCACAAUUCAUGAUUGAAAGUCUUGGUUGGAGAUCUUCCAUGUUGAUAUUGGCGUCUAUUAACUUUGUAACUGGAAUUCCUGGAUGCGUUAUUACACGAAAGACAGCGGUAGAAAAUAAGAAUCUGUUAGCUCCAAAGAAUAGAAAUUCUAAUGUAUGCUUCAAUGGGAGAAAAUAUUGUUCUUUAAUUUUAUCGUCAAUAAACCUGUCUUCACUUAAGAAUCCUAUGCUGGUGUUAGUGCUUGCUAUGAAUACAAUAUUAUAUAUUGGACACUAUAUGCCCUUGAUUCAUCUAAUAAAAUUCGCUGAAGAUAUAGGAAUAUCAAGUCACUCGUCUUCGUGGAUGUAUCCCGUCACUGGUAUGAUAUCGACUGUAUGUAGAAUACUCACUGGAAAAGUUGGUGACACUGGUCGUGUCUCGUUUUACACCAUGUUUCAAUGUGGACUGCUACUUAUGGCAAUAACGCAAUUCCUGAUGCCAUUGGCGUCAAAUAUUGGUUAUCUUUAUGGCUAUGCUGUUAUGCAAGGAAUAUGUGAAGCCAUGUAUUUUACAUCGGCAUAUUGUUUAKCGAUGUCAGUAGACCCACGACAAGGUCUUGCUUGGCUGAUGUUUUUUGCUUCAAUUCCUAUGUUCCUUGGUCCACCAAUUGCAGGUUUAAUUGCUGAUUACAGUCGUUCAUAUCGUCUAGUCUUCUAUAUAUCAGGAUGUUUUCUUGUUUUAGCUUCGUUGCUUCCAUUCCUACGUCAUUGUAUCAAAAGACCAGUUGUUUUAGACCGCGAACAAGUACAUUUAGAAGAAUUUAAGACACUGUCAGUGGUUGAAAGAGAAACUGUUCUUUGAUCGUUGAAAAAGUGAAACAGUUCUUUUAUUACUCAUACGAUGAGAUUUCCACUGUUUUAAAAAUUCAAAAAUUUUAAAAAUUUAAAAAUUCACUAUACAUACAUCGUACUAAUAAAAAUUAAAGCAUGUUUGUGGAUGAAUUUUGAAAACCGAAGAAUGCUAAGCGACGCCAUUUCGUACAACAUAUCCGCAAAUGUAGUUGUAGUCCUCUKUUGUGGCGCGCAAAAAAAUCUAGUCUCUAAAAGUCAUGUUUUCACACUACUUCUACUCUCCAAAGUUUAUGCACAAACACCUUUUGAGGACUUUCUUAAAAAAGCAGAGUGAAAAAGUGCGUACAACUCCCAUCGACUCCCAUCAUGUACUAACAAAAUGGCGUCGCUAAACGUAUAUCUAUACGUGUGGGAUCCCUGUGUGUAUACGUACAAAGAGUUGUCACGUCCGCGCCGCAGAUCAUCGCCGAUCAACUAGCUGGAAAAAAGAUGUCUUCUGUGCCGGGGGAUUUUUGGUUUAAUAUAAGUCUCUUAAAGAGACAAUUAUUGGCAGCACAAAACAUCAGACAAUUAUCAAAUGAAGAAGAAUUAAAUAUUGUAAGGAUAGAGCAAUGUUCUAGGUAAGAAAUAAGCUUAUUGUGAAAUUCCGUAAACAGUGGGGCAGUUUUUCUCGCCUUUUCGGUACGGAACUCAUCUUUGCUAUUGGUUAAACCUUGCAUUAAGCUGCUGAAGCUGUUUUCAGCUUUGAAUUUAAGCUCACUUAUCAACAGAAGUCGAUCAGAUAGCUUGCUAUGAUUUAUUUUGAUAUUCAGAGAAGCGUUAGUUAAAAAG